AUUUUGGCUAAUUGCAUCAUGAGAUAAGAUAAGCCCCGUCACCUUGGACCUCUUUACGCGUCUCGACGCGUCUCCUUCUCUUGACAACGAACAAAUCAACACUACCAUAAUGUCGCAACCAAUACUCUCAUUAACACCCGACGAGAACAAAUCCAAAGCUGUGGCCAAUCUUCUGCCAUGCCGCAUACACCAUGAUGGGCCGAUUGACCCGGCGUCGACAUAUUGGACCCCUACUACUGCCGAUGAUGGUACGAAACUAGCAUACUUCCGAGGUAGAAAACUUCAAGGAAAAGUGGUCAAAAUACCAGAACAAUGCCGAGGUGUCAUUGUCGAACGAGCUCCCGACAAAGACCCCAAAAGUGCCCACGAGGAAGUGGUGGAGGAUCUCGAUGCCGACCAAGAGCCAGAACAAAUCGGAAGCAUGAAAAUAACUGCCGAGUUUGAUGAAAUGGUUGUUUGGGGACACGAGACGGUGGCAGAUGCCAGUGCAGACCCUUAUGUCCGCAGUAUGGAGGAGUGGCUUCAGAUGGCUGACCGGAUUCAAUCUUACUCUCCCCCUGAAGAUACGGCACAGAAAUAAUGCGAACGGCAGUGACCAAGCGUCCAUCAAGCUGCUCAGUCCACCACAGGCCUGAUGUUAAGAUCGUGAGACAUCGAGCUCUUUGCUUGAACCGACCAAAUACCCCAAUUGUAUACCCGGAUAUUACCCUCAACACUAAAAACUGUGUUGAGAUACUGCGCUUCCCCCGUUCAUGUCGUUUUUAACAAUUGGAACAUAGACCUUAAGGAACUGGGAGCGAAACGUUUAUGAUGACACACUUAGGAGACUGACACAUCCCCUUUACAGCUAAAGUCCUGUUUCUAAUACCUCUAUUGGGAUAACCUGCUGUGUGCUAAAUAAAUAAUAAACAAGUCUAUGAUUCUAGUGA